CCUCAAGCCCAUUCAUGCAUUUAACUUCAGGCCCAUUAAGCCCAUCUUUUUUGGCAGGGGUCAAUUCCUAGAUUCAUUCUUCAAAGAAAUCGUCUCCAAAUUCAACACUUUGUUCUCUCAACAAAUUCAAUUCGCAAGGAUGAUCAGCCUCCUUACUCAGGAGCGUCUUCUAGGCGCUGCUUUAGGUAGCGUAUUAACAGGCGUUGUGGUUUUAGAACAACGGAAAAGCAUAUAUAAAAGCGUAUCUGAGAAUCAAUCUAGAUUUUCCCCUCAAUCUCAGACAACAGUGCACAUUCCAAAAAAGGAGUCUGGUAUAGAGUUUGCACACCUAUGGAACAAAUCUGUGGAUCAGGCGUUAGGGCCUGUCAUAAGAUCUCUUGGCACACGUGGAUGGUAAAACUGCUGUGUGAUUUCACAACAGAUCUAGAAGUUGUCUCUCUUAUUUUGUAAGAUUCCUACAAGAACAGAUGCAAGUGUAUUCUCAAUUCUUGAAGUUGCAGUUAUCGCAGAUACUAUGCUCUCUUGUCGCUGAUGCUAUUGAUGUUUCAUUCUUAAGUUUUGUCUAUGAGGAUCACUUAUGGAAUAUUUGUGCUGUAAACAGUUAGGUGCUCCUGCUCCAUAGUCCCCUGCUUUAUCCAUGCUUUUCAUAUUGCUUUGGAAUGUACAUUGAUAAAGUAAUGUUAUACUGUGAUGUUGGUUGAACCAGAA